AUGGAGAUAAAAUUCCCUCUUACUCUUCACAAAUCAUAUGCCACCUGUGGUCUUUGUGGAAAACUGGGUGAUGAUUCUGGGGACAAUAUUGAUGAAAACAUUGCCAGCAGUAAAAUUUCUGAUGACUGUCCUAACGCUGUUGCUAAGCAACAUGAAGAAUGUGAGGAUGGAAAAAAUUACUGCAACAAAGUGAUUGCAACAUAUUUUGAGAAAUGUGGAAAAAUUUCUUCCUUGUCCAAUGAAUACAAACAAAUCUGCAUUGAAGAUUACUGUAAGAAUGGGGGCAAGAAAUAUACUUGUGACAGUUUCUCUGAAUUGUCCCGCCUCUGUGCUUCAGAUGGUCCUGGUGAUUAUGAAUCAUGGAGAAAUGAUCCUGAUAUUGUUUGUGAAAAACAUGUAUGUCCAGAGACACAGAUCUAUAAAGAAUGUAUCCCUUCAAAUCCAUCAACAUGUUCCAAUGUGGCUCCCUUCCAAAACAGUGAAUGUGUGAGUGGCUGCACCUGCCCCAAAGGUUAUAUGCUUGAUGAUAUUGGAGAAAAACUCACCUGUGUAUUAAAGGCCAAUUGUCCCUGUGAAUCUAAUGGGAAGGUAUAUAAGCCAGGAGAAGUACGAGAAGGGCCCUGUUCUUCUAAGUGUACUUGUCAAGAAGCAAAGUGGUUCUGCACAGAAGCAUUAUGUCCUGGAAGAUGUAAAGUAGAAGGAAGCUCAUUUACAACUUUUGAUGGUGUUUCAUAUGAACAUCCUGGAAACUGUCACUUUUUAGCUGUCCAUGAUGAAAAUUGGUCUAUUAGCAUUGAACUUCGUCCAUGUCCAAGUGAUCAAACUGGAACAUGCUUGAAAAGCGUCACCCUUCUUUUAAAUUCAUCUCUUUCAGCGGACAAAUAUCUAUUUAAUAACGAUGGUAGUGUCACGAACAACAAGAUUAAAAGGCAAGGCUAUUAUUAUUCAGAUACAAUUAAGAUUUUUAGAGUAUCUUCCUCAUACCUACAAGUAGAGACUUCUUUUGGAUUAAAAAUGCAGAUACAAAUUCAUCCUGUUAUGCAAUUGUAUAUUUCUAUGCCACCCAAUAAAUUCACAAACACAUUAGGUCUCUGUGGAUCUUACAAUAACAAAGCAGAAGAUGAUUUCUUGUCAAGUCAGAACAUGUUAGAAAAGACACCUCAGAUUUUUGCUGAUUCAUGGGAAAUGAUGUCUUGUCCCAAAGGAAGACCUUCUUCAUGUAUAAGCAUAGAAAAUGAAAAGUUUGCUGAAAAGAAUUGUUUGAUUCUUACUGAUCCAAGUGGGCCUUUUGCUUCAUGUCAUUCCAUUGUGGACCCUAGAUCCUAUCAAGAGAAAUGUAAAACAUUCACUUGUUCUUGUGAAAACGUUCAAGAUUGCUUAUGUACAGCAAUGGGAAACUAUGUAAAAGCAUGUGCUGAGAAUGGAGUAUACAUAAGUGGAUGGAGAAAGGGCCAAUGUGAACAAAUUUGUCAAAAUGGCCUGGUCUUCAAAUACGAUGUAAAAGCUUGCAAUAGUUCUUGCCAAUCAUUAUCAGAGAGAGAUAGGAGCUGUGAUGUACAAGAUGUUCCAGUUGAUGGAUGUGGCUGCCCUGAUGGAAUGUAUCUUAAUAGUGAAGGAUCUUGUGUCCUGAAAACUCACUGUGACUGUUACAUAAAUGAUGAAAUUGUGAAACCAGGCAGAAUUGCUUCCAUUGAUGGCAAUGUAUGUAUCUGCAAAGAUGGGACUCUUCAUUGCCAGGAUCCAAUUGAGAAUAUCUCAAAAAAUUGUACUGGAGGAGCUGAAUAUGUGAACUGCAGUGAACCAAAUGCACAGCGAAGACAGGACAGAACAUGUAGCUCUCGGAAUAUACCUAAUUUUAAUGAGGACAUUCCCUGCAGACGUGGAUGCUUCUGUCCUAUAGGAAUGGUUCGGGACUCAAAAGGAAACUGCAUUUUUCCUGAUGACUGCCCAUGUUUUUUUGGUGGAUGGGAAUAUGACCAAGGAAGUACCACAACAGUUGGAUGCAAUGAAUGUACUUGUAUAAAAGGAUCUUGGAAUUGCACACAAAACAAGUGUCAAACAUCCUGCCAUAUUUAUGGGGAUGGACAUGUUAGAACCUUUGAUGGAAAAAGCUACAGCUAUGAUGGUCUCUGUCAGUAUUCUUUUGUUGAGGAUUAUUGUGGUCAAGAAUAUGGAACAUUCCGAGUUUUAACAGAAAGUGUUCCAUGUUGUGAAGAUGGACUUACAUGUUCAAGAAAAAUAGUAGUUGCUCUAAAGGAUCAAAAUGUUGUCUUGCAUGAUGGUAAAGUCACAGUAGUCAAAAAUUUGGAAAGUAAAGGAUGUGAACUCAAUACAACUGUAUACUCUAUACAUACUGUUGGUCUGUACUUGAUUUUGAAAUUUGUAAAUGGAUUAAUCCUGAUUUGGGACAAAAAUACAAGAGUAUCUGCUAUACUGGAUCCAAGCUGGAGUGGGAAAGUAUGUGGUCUAUGUGGAAAUAAUAAUGGAGAUCUCAAGGAUGAUUUCACUACAAGGCAUGCAUCAGUAGCUGUUGGAGCAUUGGAAUUUGGAAAUAGUUGGAAAACAAGUCAAGAGUGUUCAGACACAGUGGUUCAAGCUUUUCCAUGUGAUUCUAAUCCAUAUUGUAAAGCAUGGGCUUUAAGAAAAUGUGGAAUCAUCAGGGAUAGUACAUUUAAAGACUGCCACAGCAAGGUCAAUCCUGAUGCUUAUUAUACAGCAUGUUUGGAGGAAGCCUGUGCAUGCGAUAUGGAAGGAAAAUACCUUGGGUUCUGUACUGCCGUGGCCAUGUAUGCAGAAGCUUGUAGUGCAGUUGGAGUUUGUGUCUCUUGGAGAAAGCCAGACCUUUGCCCUGUCUAUUGUGAUUUUUACAAUGCUCCUGGUGAAUGCAGCUGGCAUUAUGAGCCCUGUGGAACAGUGAAAGCAAAAACAUGCAAAGAUCAUCUUAUUGGACAAAAAUUUGCUACUCUUUUGGAAGGUUGCUAUGCUAAAUGCCCUGAUAGUGCCCCCUAUCUGGAUGAAAACACCAUGAAGUGUGUCAAAUUAUCAGACUGCAGCUGCUUCUACAAUGAUGUAAUACCAGCAGGUGGAAUGAUUGAAGAUGAAUGUGGAAGAACAUGUUUUUGCAUAGCAGGACAAUUACAGUGCAAUGAAGCUACUACAAGUCCUGCUUUGACAAGUUCAGAAGCUACCACUAAAUCACUAGCCAGUCCAGUCACUGAAAGUAAAUUAGUUACCAGUGGGCAAACAUUGGACACAACUAUUACAAUGGGAAGUCUCCAAACAGCAACUACAUCUACAAAAGCCAGUGGGAUAAAAGCAGUUGAAGCCACCACAAUGGGAAGAUCAGCAGCAGUCAGCACCAGCUCCAAAGGAACUACUGAAGGUUAGUUGUGUCAGCCCCCCAAAAUAAAUGACCCAAGAGCCAUAGAAGUUAUUCAACUACUGGUAAACUCUGAAAAAAACCUACUAAAGUUCACAGAGGCUACUGUUAAUCCUGAAAAAUAUAAAACAAAACAAAAUCAAAGAGCUAAUAGUGGUUA